AUGGCCAACAUGGACGAGCUCAAGCAGUACCUCGAGUACAUCCUGACGCCGUCGACGCCCAUCUUCGUGGUGGGCGCGCUCAUCGUGCUCAUCGCCCCUCUGCUCGUCCACUUCUUCAUCAGCCGGUCGACGCCCUACACGAGCCUACCCUCGAUCCUACUCGCCGGCCCUCCCGGUGGCGGCAAGACUUCACUCUUGACACUUUUCGAACGCGGCGACAAUGCCACGCCCACGCACACAUCCCAAGUGCCGCAAUCAAUCGAGUUGACCACCUCCACCGAUAACGGAGUACAGUCGUUCCGCGAGGCGGCGCACGAAGAUGCCCCCGGCUCGCACACAAAGUUCAUCCUCCAGGACACGCCCGGCCACGGCAAGCUGCGCGACCUGGCCAUGGCCAAGAUCAAUGACAAGGACCCCCUCAAGGGCGUCGUUUUCGUUGUCGACGCCGCCGCCCUGGAUGAGAACCUCUCUGCCGCUGCCACCUAUCUCUUUGACGUUCUCCUGGCCCUGCAGAAGCGCAUGGGUGUGGGCAAGACCUCCAAGGCUCCUCCCGCCGUGCAUGUUCUGAUUGCCGCCAACAAGACCGAUCUCUUUACGGCCCUGCCCGCGUCGCUGGUCAAGAGCAACCUCGAGGCAGAGCUUGGCCGGAUACGACAGAGCAGAAGCAAGGGUCUAAAGGCCUCUGGGGUUGGCGCUGACGAGCUGGGUGACGAGGACAGCGAGGAUUGGCUUGGCGAAUACGGCUCGGAAAAGUUCGUCUUUAGCCAAAUGAGAGAAUUUGACGUCGAGGUUGACGUUAUUGGAGGAAGCGUGCUCGAGGGCAAGGUAGACAAGUGGUGGGAGUGGAUCUCUGAAAGGGUUUGA